GCCUUUGCUCACCAGACACUACUUCUACUUCUAGAAGGCAUGCCGUCUAUAUGCUCUGGCCUAUGGUGUCUGCAUACUACGCAUCUCGCAUCGUGGUCACGUCAACGCUCAGCUGACGAGAUCUGCAUCCUAGAUGUUCCUUGAGCCUUGUGCACAUGCUACUUCACAGGCACGAGGAUGCCCUCAUUUCACACAGGAGACAUCAGGCACAGGCAUAUUUGCGAAAUCGGCUGGUGGCUACCGAAGUCGUUGAGCGAGCAAGGUUCGUGCCUGGAAGUAAGCUAUCGUCCUGUCAACGGCCGCAAGCUUCGAGCCUCUCAAGCUUGGAAGACAAGCUUUGAGCCAAGCAUAUGCGACUCGACGUUACUUGAACGUGCAUCGCUUGGUGACCUAAAUACCUCUCAGUGCUCUCGCCCAACGACGUCUCCUGAUCAUGCUUCUGAAUCUGUCACAUUGCCUGGAUUGCGCGAAAUUGCCACUCAAACUGGGCAGUAUUUGACAAUGUUUGGGUGCAGGAAACCAACUCAUCUGACACGCAGCCUGCAAAUAUUUGCGCGAUCAUCGUAUGUCAUGCAAUUGCUAGUUUCUGCCUCGGAGAUUCGAGGGCUUCAAAACAGUGGAGAAGGUCAUGCUCAGGGGCGAGUCAUAUUCGUCAGCAAUGGUUGGGGAAAGCAUUUGCCAAGCCAAGCGAUCUCCAGUCCAUGUGGAUAUGACUUCUUUGGACCUAUCUUUUCAAUGGCCGAUGAAGAUGAAUGAAGCUCUUGGCUGGCAAGCUGGGUCGGUGGAGCGUACAAAUGAGGUCUGGUCGCAUUCUUCUUCUCCAGCCUUCAGCCAGUCUUCGUACGAACACAACCUGCAAGGCCAGGAGUCUUUAUAGUGUUCGAUCCUUGAUGAUGCGUGAUGUGAAUGCUUCUUGCGUGCACAUCCGCAGCACAGAGUCACAGACUAUAGCUGGCACAUCUUGGGCCGA